CAAAUCCCGUAUUAUUCUUAGCACAUUCUGCUUUGUCUCUCCACAUAGUUUCCCGCAACGUCUACUCGAGGCCCCAAUGGCCUUCCGUCCAUCUCGUCGCUCGCCCGAGCGUCCAUCAGUCGACGCCACGUCGCCAACCGCUCAGAUCUCUCCGUCACUUCACACAAGAAAGACUGUCACGGUCGUAGAAGGAGACGGAACGCCCAAACUCACGACAGGAAAGAAGAAAACGACUGGUCUCGAACAGAAAACGAGCUCGAAAGACGUGCGGAAGGUGAUGUCGAAGUGUAGAGAUGAUCACGACAAGAGACUCGAUUUGAGUCGUUGUGAGGUGACAGAACUUCCCAAGUCAAUCAAAGAUCUGACACAGUUGGAGGAGUUAUAUCUUUAUGGAAAUCGACUCACUUCAUUGCCUUCUGAGAUCGGAUCACUGCAGUCUCUUCGGACGUUGGGUUUGAGUGAGAACAUGCUGUCAACUCUACCCGACGAGGCAGAACGACUUGUCAAACUACAGAUAUUGGACAUACGACAUAACAGACUCAAGGAGAUUCCUGACGUGGUCUAUAAGCUGCGCUCCCUGCAGACGUUGUUUGCUCGUUUCAAUAAGAUCACGACUGUUGGUUCAAUGAUCAAGACACUUACUUCAUUGACAACGCUAAGUCUUCGUGAAAACAAGAUCAAACAGCUACCUGAUAGUAUUGGAGAUCUCAUCAGUUUGUCGGCUCUCGAUGUCGCUCACAAUUCUUUACAGCAUUUACCACCAGGUAUUGGUAAUUGUUGUCAGCUUGUGACUCUUGAUGUUCAACACAAUGAGUUGGUCAAGUUGCCUUCGACUAUUGGGAAGCUGACGUUGCUUAAACGUUUGGGUAUUAAAUACAAUCGAAUUGAGACGGUGCCGGAUGAGAUUCGCAAUUGUACUGAGCUGGAGGAGUUCAAUAUUGAGCAAAACAAUGUCAGCAUGUUACCGGAAGGAUUGGUGACUUGUUUUCCCAGCUGUGCUAGUCUGCAACUCGAUCGCAAUAAUUUUAAGGAGUUUCCACCGGGACCUCAAAACCAGUUCUGUGAACUCACGGCGUUUAGCAUGGAACACAACAAAGUGAAGGUAAUUCCACAUGGAGUUUUCUCUGAAGCGGUGAAACUGUCUAAAGUUCAUCUGAAAGACAACUUAAUACCAACUUUUCCUCAAGAUUUUGCUUUGUGGGUUCACAUCAUCGAAUUGGAUAUUUCGUCCAAUCAGCUCACUAAAUUGCCCGACGACGUGAGAUACUUGACUAGAUUGGAAAUUCUGAUUCUCAGCAACAACAUGAUCAAAAUACUUCCGAAGGGCAUUGGGUCGUUAGCAAAGCUGACACACUUGGACUUGGAAGGAAACAGAUUGGAGUCUUUGCCUGCUGAACUUGGCUAUUUGACUUCUCUCACUAAGCUAUCCGUUCAGUCUAAUCGUCUAACUGUCCUUCCAAGAGGAUUGGGGCAUCUUAUCAACUUGAAACAUUUCAGUGCAGGAGAGAACAAUCUAACACAAUUGCCAGAAGAAAUAGGGACUCUGGAAUCGUUAGAAGAGUUGUAUUUGAAUGACAAUCCGUCGCUUCAGAUGCUGCCGUUUGAGUUGGCACUUUGUCGAAAGUUGUCGCUCAUGAGCAUUGAUGGCUGUCCAUUAGGAGCAAUGCCAGUUCAAGUGGUGGAGGGUGGACCAUCUGGAGUUAUUAUGUAUCUACGCACUCAAGGACCAUUCAGAGGAAUGGUAUUCUGAAGUAGAAAUUGAUGCUUUUAGAUGAAUAUGUUAGAAUUAUUGUAAGAAUCUCGUGGACUAUAAUGCAGCAGGACUUAUAUGAAGUGUCUUAUACAGUAAGGAGAACAAAAUGUAGCAGCAAUUUUUUGCAGAGAGACGGACGAUAUUCAGUUGCAUAUGAGAGAGUAGAGCAUUUGUUUGAGUCACUGUUUAUGUAAUGAUGGAUGGCUUUUAUCUUGUCA